AUUAAAAAAGCUGUAAUGAUGGUAAGUUGACAAGAGUUGAAGGAUAAAGAAGAAUGGAAAUGGUGAAUGCAUGGUCCAAGCGGCAGCAUUAAAUCAAAUAGAAUCUGACUUGACUCCCCUUCUUCUUCAUUGUCUUCUUCUUCAUCACUUGACUCAAGAAACAAUGCGUCCAAUCUCAGUGUUGGUGGUUCUGGCGGUUCUAUCAGCGGCAGCAGAGUCACUGAACCAAGAAGGACUGUUCCUGUAUGAAAUGAAGGUCGCCAUGGAAGAUCCUCAUUCCACGCUCUCCAACUGGAACACCAGAGACUCCACUCCCUGCAACUGGUUCGGUGUCACCUGCCACUCCGACACCGUCGUCACCCUCGACCUCUCCUCCGCCAACCUCUUUGGCCCAUUCCCCUCUCACUCCCUCUGCCGCCUCCGCAACCUCACCACCCUCAUCCUCUUCAACAACUCCAUCAACGACACUCUCCCCUCCGACAUCUCCCUCUGCCGCUCCCUUCUCCACCUCGACCUCUCCCAGAACCUCCUCACCGGACCCCUCCCUCAUUCUCUCUCCUUGCUCCCCAACCUCCGCCACCUCGACCUCGCCGGAAACAACUUCUCCGGCCCCAUCCCUCCCUCCUUCGGAGCCUUCCAGAAACUCCAGGUCAUCAGCCUCGUCUACAAUCUUCUAGAAGGAACCAUACCACCUUCCCUCGGCAACAUCACCACCCUCAAGAUGCUCAACCUCUCUUACAACCCAUUUUCACCGGCUCCGAUUGCGCCGGAGCUCGGUAACCUCACGAACCUUGAGGUUCUGUGGCUCACUCAGUGCAACCUCGUCGGUGAAAUACCCGAAUCACUCGGUAACCUCAAGAGCCUCGUCGACUUGGACCUUGCAUUCAAUAACCUCCACGGUUCCAUUCCCGCUUCGCUCACCGGGUUGACUCGCCUGGUUCAGCUCGAGUUGUAUAACAACUCGUUGUCCGGCGAGUUACCCAAGGGAAUGUCGAACCUUACCUCCUUGAGGCUCGUUGAUCUGUCCAUGAACCACUUGGAAGGUGAACUUCCCGAUGAGUUCUGCCGUUUGCCGCUCGAAAGUCUCAACCUUUACGAGAAUCGCUUCCAAGGGAACUUGCCGGCGACCAUUGCAAACUCGCCGAACCUCUAUGAGUUGAGGUUGUUCGACAACAGGUUCACCGGGAAGUUGCCGGAGAAUCUGGGGAAGAAUGCGCCGUUGAGAUGGAUUGAUCUCUCGACCAACCAGUUCUCCGGUCCCAUUCCGGCCACUCUAUGCGAUCACGGCCAGUUGGAGGAGCUUCUGUUGAUAUAUAACUCGUUUUCCGGCGAGGUUCCGGCGAGUCUUGGCGCAUGCACGAGCUUAACGCGUGUAAGGCUCGGUUUCAACCGGUUUUCCGGCGACAUUCCGGCGGGUUUGUGGGGUCUUCCUCACGUGUCUCUGCUUGAGCUUGUCGAUAACUCGUUUUCUGGUUCAAUCGCGAGUACCAUUGCCGGAGCGAGGAAUCUUUCACUGUUGAGGCUUUCAAAGAACGGUUUCGAGGGUCCAAUCCCUCAAGAGAUUGGAUGGUUGGAAACUCUUCAGGAAUUUUCUGGUGGCGAUAACAAGUUCAAUGGCUCGUUGCCCCAGAGUUUUGUGAAUCUUGGUCAGCUUGGUACUCUUGAUCUGCAUAACAAUAAGCUCAGUGGAGAGCUUCCCAAUGAGAUUAAAUCAUGGAAGAAACUGAACGAGUUGAAUUUGGCUAACAAUGAGAUUGGUGGUGAAAUCCCUAAGGAAAUUGGUAGUUUGUCAGUGCUUAAUUUUCUUGAUCUUUCUAAUAACAAGUUUUCUGGGAAAGUACCCAUUGGUUUGCAGAAUUUGAGGCUGAAUGAGCUCAAUUUGUCUCAUAAUCAGUUAAAUGGAGAACUUCCCCCAAUGUUGGCUAAGGAUAUGUACAAGGCUAGCUUUCUUGGUAACCCUGGUUUGUGUGGGGAUUUGAAGGGUUUAUGUAAUGGAAGAGAUAAGGAUAAGAAUAGAAGCUUUGUUUGGUUGCUUAGAACCAUGUUCAUUGUUGCCAUUUUGGUGUUUGUUGUUGGUGUGGUAUGGUUCUACUUCAAGUACAAGGGUUUCAAGAAUGCAAGGGCUAUUGAUAAGUCAAAGUGGACACUGAUGUCAUUUCACAAAUUGGGUUUUGAUGAGGAUGAGAUCUUGAACUGCCUUGAUGAAGAUAAUGUGAUAGGAAGCGGAUCUUCUGGGAAAGUCUACAAGGUUGUGCUUAGCAAUGGUGAAGCUGUCGCCGUGAAGAAGAUAUGGGAAGGGGUUAAGAAGGAAAUAGAAUGUGGUGGAGAUGUCGAAAAUGGCCGCUUUCAAGACAAUGCUUUUGAUGCAGAGGUUGAGACAUUGGGUAAAAUUAGGCACAAGAACAUUGUGAAGCUCUGGUGCUGCUGCACCACAAGGGAUUGCAAGCUGUUAGUUUAUGAGUACAUGCCGAAUGGAAGCCUUGGUGAUUUGCUGCAUAGCAGCAAAGGAGGGUUGUUGGAUUGGCCAACCAGGUACAAGAUAGCGGUUGAUGCCGCAGAAGGCCUCUCUUAUCUGCACCAUGAUUGUGUUCCUCCAAUUGUACAUAGAGACGUGAAAUCUAACAAUAUCUUGCUGGAUGGAGAGUUUGGUGCAAGGGUAGCAGAUUUCGGAGUAGCUAAGGUUGUCGAAACCACCGGAAAAGGAACAAAAUCCAUGUCUGUCAUAGCAGGGUCUUGUGGAUAUAUUGCACCAGAAUAUGCAUACACGCUUAGAGUGAAUGAGAAGAGUGACAUAUAUAGCUUUGGUGUUGUGAUACUAGAGUUGGUUAGUGGAAGGAGGCCGGUAGACCCUGAAUUUGGGGAAAAGGACUUGGUUUCAUGGGUUUGCACAACCUUGGAUCAAAAAGGUGUGGAGCAUGUGGUUGACUCAAGGCUAGAUUCUUCUUUCAAACAAGAUAUAUGUAAGGUGCUCAACAUUGGCCUUGUGUGCACAAGCCCCCUCCCAAUAAACCGGCCUGCAAUGAGAAGAGUGGUGAAGAUGUUGCAAGAGCUUGGCACCACCACCCCCCCUUACCCCCACAGAUAUCAACAGAACAAGUCAACCAAGAAUGAUGGCAAUUUGCCCCCUUAUUACUAUGAUGAUGGCUCUCAUCAUGGAAGUAUUGCUUAGUUCAAAUGGAUGUCAUUGCAUUGUUUUUUUGAUUCUCAAAAGGAGGGGCUUGGGAGAUUGGGAGCUUCUUAAUUCUUAUUUAUUAUUAUUAUUAUAGUGCCAACUUCAUUCAUCCAUGUUUCCCACUCAUGGUUUGGUUUGCUUUAACAAAAGUUGGCUAAAGAAAGGGGAUAGAAAAGAGUUUUAUUUUUAAUUGAAUUUAUACUUCUUUUUUUUUUAAAGUGAUUUUGGGGUUGAAAAUAGAAUAGUAGAAGUUGGUGCUGUUUUUCCCUGUAAAGUUAAGGUGGUUGAUAUUUUAUCAAGGCGGUUCCCUGCUAGAGAAUUUGAAUGGUGGUUUUGCAUUAAUGCUAUUUAUUAAAUUACAUUCUCA